AUGUUCAGGACUUGGCUUAUGACAUCGGAACCCUCCACGUCUUCAAGUUCAGACCGUAAUAUUCUGCUCCAGGAAGCGUUGACUCAAGCAGGCGUUAUAAAGAUUCAAAAACAGGUAUUUGACAAGUUGUCGGCAGUUCAUAACGCACAAUAUCAUUAACACACUAUCGCUAAUGACCCAUUGACCUAAACUUAGGACAGGGGCGGCACUUUUCACGUUUUCUUUGUGAUAUGAUAUCUAUGAGCACACACAUACACAUUUCACUUUUGUGCACAUUCGCAACAUUAUGAUAUGUCUCCAAAUUUGAAGGUUAGUCACGCAGCUCUAAAAUUGUUUACGAUUUGUGAUGUGAAUUCUGAAAUUUCAAAAUUUAAGAGUCUAUUAAAUUUGCAUUUCUGAAACAUUUCAUUCUAUUCCCGAUAACAAAGUUUUGAUUGUCGGGUAUUUAUGACACCGGAGCUGUGCGCUGAAAUCACAAUCGCAAAAUUUCUCCUUCAUACACCAUAAAUCUCAUAAAAUGUGUGUUAUCAGUGCUUGUCCAGUCAAAAAACAAUUAAAAAUUGUCAAUCUACUCAUCACUUCUUCAGUGUGCCACAACAUCAUCCAACAUUAGGAGCAGCACGAGAAAGUUGCAGAUUUCUGAGAAAAUUAUCUCACAUCCUUUGAUGCCAAUUGUUGAGGUAUGUAGUAGAAGUUGAAAAAAAACCAUAACGGUACUUUUAGCUUCUCUUCAAGAAAUGUGAAGAUGCGGUCACAAAAUUCGACAAGAAAGCAUUCGAGAUGGAAGAUGUUGUACUUGUGAGUUGA